CAUUCUCUUGAUAUGCAACACUAUAAAUUACAUUAAAACCUGUAGGGAAGAAAGUGCUUUAUUCAGGGGCCACAAAACAAACAAUCAGAUGAUUAUUUUUACAGGGGGGGGGGGGGCUCCGGUUUCGCAGCCCGUGUUAUUGAGAAAUUUACGAAAUACUUGGGUGAAGGGGAGAGAAUUAAAAUUGAUGGGAAACAUUAAGAGCAGGCAAUAGAUAGAUUGAAGAAUGAAAUCCAUUCACAAAUGAAGAAUUAGCAUUGAUGGAAAAACAGAAUAAGUAAAUUCCAUUGUUUUUAAGCCUUCGCCCACAGUAGGAGGUUGCCGGAGACAUUACGAAAAAGAAAAGGGAUAAACUGAGUUUAAAGUCCUUAGCUAUGCUCUCUGACUGUUGUGGUUCUGAUCACUGUAUUGAAUAUUUUCUUAACAUGUAUAUCAUUAGGUGGUCUGUCUAUGACAGAUCACCUCUUAAUUUCGUCAGAAUUUUCUUUAUUCUUUAUUUAUUUAUUUUUAGCACCUAUGUUUGUCGCCAAUUUUUCUCCGAAUUGGCUAAAUCAAUUUGGCUGAUUUUUCUGUCAUAUAUAGAAUUUAUCAUAGAGACGGAAUACUAUUAAAGCUUUUCAAGGUCAUCUGGUCAUGAUGACGUCAUCUACGCGCCAUUUUGUAAAAUUCUUAAUUUGAUCAUAUCUUCAUUAUCAAUUAUCAAAAAUUAACAAUAUUUACAUCUCAUUGACUUCAGGUCAAGGGUCAACUGUCAAUGUCAUCAAAUGUCAUGUAAAGGUCAUGACGCGCGCGUCAAAGCCAAAAAAAUUCUCCAAAUGGCCUAUAAUUUUUUUUGGGUACGUUUCAGGUCAUUUUAAGCAUUUCAAAAAUUUGCCCGCGCGUAACGCCUUAACGCAACGCAGAAACACCGUUUUUUUUAAUCAUUGCAUUGAUAAUAUAAUUUUGAGCAAUUUGAUACCUUGAUCAACCUUCUACUACCAUUAGAAACAAAAUUAACACCCGUUAAAGUUUGCAGCAUGUGUGCGCGCGAGCUCUCACUAUAGGCCAUAUAUGGGCAAAAAUAUGCCUAUUGUAAAUUCACUGUAGCUCUUUAAAUAGUCCGUUGACCCCAAUUUUUUUUUUCAUAUAUCGAUAGAGUAUGAGUUGUAGAUUCGAUUUCAUGUCACCAUUGUCCCUCAAUUUAAUCAUGACGUCAUCAAAAUUGCGCCUAAACUGACAAUUUCAUUUUUUCAAAAAUGACGUCAUCAAAUUUAUGCAAAUUUGAUCAUAACUCCGUAAACAUUGAUCGUUUUUCGCCCAGAUUUCGAUGUAUUGUAGUUUAGAAUGUACUCUUUCUCCUCAGUUAACAUAAAUUUUCAUUUCGAAAAACGCAUCAUGGCGUAAAACAGCGAUGAAAAGAGGCAUGUCAUUUUUCCUCAUUUUGCGUGUAAUCUCUAUGGGACAUGACUUUUUCUCAAAACUAGAUUCUACAUUCCUCUAUUUCGUGAGCUAUAUCUCCAUUUUUUCUUGUUAGUUAUCCCUGAGCUUUUAAAAUGUUGUAGCUGAGAUUCUAAGCUUUCAUAAGUGUGCCCUCCAUUUUUUGAUCAGAUGCCGAGAUCAUGCCCGUUUUUCGCUUGCAAAAUUGGAAUUGCAAUUCUCAAAUUUGCUAACGUGUAAUCUCUAUGGGGAAUAUCGUGGCUCAAUGGAUAACGCACUUGACUUGCGUUCUCGGGGGCGCAGGUUCGAGUCCUGGGUUGAACAAGAUGAUUUUUUUUUACCACCUCGUACGUGAUCCUUUAUGACAAUUAAAAGGCAUAAAAGUUAAAAUUUUGCAAGAUAAAACAGAUUACAAUUACUUUUUUUCAUAUCACAUGUAUUGUCAUAUAUUAAAUAGACCUUUUUCACAGUGCUUUAUCAUCUCCCGUCUUUCACGAGUAUUCUGUUAAUAAUGAACAUUCAGUUGUCAUCAUGAUGAUCAUAUUGAUCUGCAUGAACAUGGUGAUAGUGAUCAUGAUGGCGAAAAUAAGGACAGACCACCUAAUUUGUCCACAUGACGAAUUAAAAUCUAGUUUAAUUAUUAUAUUUCUCUUUGAAGGAAGCUUCAAGGCUACACACAUCACCAUGGAGACGGAACAAGAUGCUCAUUUCUGCCUUCGUUGUAACACAGAGAUUAAAGGGUUGAUGGCUUACGUAUCUCACUGUCAGACUGGAUGCUCGCCAGAUGAUGCAUCUUCAGAUGUUCAAGAUGCUCAGGAUAAAGGAAAUGGUGAUGCUGAGGAAGAUGCAGUGGUACACAAUGCUAAUGCAGAAUAUGCUGUGAUUGAUGGAGAACCUAUGGCAAUAGACCCUCCACUUCCCCCUGAAAGCUCACCAGUGAAACAUGGCAGGAAACGGAAGGUAACGUCCCCAGAAGCUACCCCUCAGAAAACUCCUGAGCAGAAGCAAAUGGAAGAGAGUACUAUCGAUUCCCCAAGGAGAUCUGGUCGUAGGGGAAUUAGGAUAUCAUAUGUGGAUCUAGUCGCAGGAAAAGACAGGAGCGAAGCCAGAAUGUCCAGCAAUGAUGGCAAAGGAGAGAAUGAAAAAAUGGGAAGUAAGAAAGCUAAGGAAUCUAAAGCCAAGGAAUCUAAAGCUAAGGAUACCAAGGUCAAGGAUUCCAAAGGCAAAGGGGUAAUUGGAAAGGGCAAAACAAAGGAAAGUCCCCCUCGGAAGGUUGGUAGGCCAAGGAAGAUUACCAAAGGAAAAGGGUCAGAACCAGAAAAAGUAGAAAAGAAAAUCAAAGAGGAAGUGGAUGAAGAUGGAUGGAUGGAGAGUGAAGAACAGUUGAAGGCAGUCGGAGAGGAGGUUGGUGAAAGAAAGAUAAGGGGCACACAAAAACUUGGUCAAAUGGUGAAGCUUAGAGCAUUUAAAGAGAAAAAUCAGAAGACCCUGAAAAAUAGAAGGGAAUUGCAGGCAGCAGCAAAGAAGAAACUUGCAGAAAAGAAGAAGAAAAGGAGUAUACGAGUGGAGAAGAAAGAAGAAGAUAAAGAACAAGACACAGAUGUAUUAGAUAGCAAUGAGGGUGGUGUCCUAGAUGAUGUAGCUGCAGUGAAUGAUGAAGCUGCAAUUGCCGAUGAAGCUGAUCUACCAAAUCAUCAAGAAGCAAAGAUCCUCAUUAAAAAUGGAAAAUUUUAUUGCACAGUAUGUGGGAUCUACUGCACCUCAAAGAAGAAGGUAGAUGUGCAUUGUAAUACCAGAAAGCAUAUCAAAAGGUUUAAGUCGGGCAUGGUUGCACCUGAAGAGGAAGAAAAACCACCUCUUGAAGUUGAUGACCAGGAUUUGCUUGAAUGUAACAUUUGUGCAUACAGAACUAAGAAUGAGGGCCACUUUGCUAGGCAUCUUGCUUCCAUCAGUCAUGCUCAGAAAAGCGAAGUGAAUCUUCAUGCUUGUAACAAGUGCCACCGAAAGUACAAAACCGAAGAGGAGCUUCAGAAUCAUCAAGAAUUUCACAGCGUCCCAAGAUGUGGAAAGUGCAAAGAAACUUUUGAAACGGAGGAACUCUUGGAAGAACAUCUGGAAGAAUCGGGUCACAGGGUUGUGCAUCGUUGUCCGACAUGUGACAAGACUUUCUCCAGCAAGGGUAAUCUUCGAUACCACAUGAGGAUACACGACCCUGACUGCAGAUACACUUGUGAUAUCUGUGAUUACUCUUGUGCACAGUGGGCGGACAUGAAGAAGCACAAGCUACGUCACAUGGGAAUCAAGCCAUUCAAGUGUGGCCUGUGCGAAGCUGAGAGUCUGACCAAGCAUGGCAUGGAGAGGCACAUGAGAACACAUCUUAUACGCUCCAAGGAUUACAUCUGUGACAUAUGUGGCAAAGGGUAUUGCGAAGAGUACUUGAUGAAGCAGCACAAGUACAUGAAACACAACCUUGAGAGACGAUUUAAAUGUGACUUUGAAGGAUGUACCUUUGCUUUCAAGUUCAGAUCAUCACUGGUGACCCAUCAACGUAUGCAUACUCAAGAAAAACCUUACCUGUGUACUGAGUGUGGAUAUAAAGCUUCCACCAAGUACGGUCUCACAAAACAUAUUCGUCUUCAUACUGGGGAGAAACCAUUCCACUGUGACUUCCCAAACUGCAAUUACAAGUGUCGUCUUUCGACCCAUCUCAGUCGCCAUAAGAUCAUUCACACAGGGCUUAAGCCUUAUCACUGUCCCUUCUGCUUGUAUUCGUGUAACAAUAAGCAAAACUUGCGGAAGCACCUGCUGAACACAAAAUCACACUCUGGCUUGAAAAUGUAUAGGUGCAAGGUAUGCCCAAAUUAUGAAACCAAUGUCUUCAGAGAUUAUGUCUACCACAUUCGCCAAAACCAUGCCGACGAUGACAAGUAUAUCAGUUACUUUGAAGUGGCAGAGAGUGUGACUAGGAAAAAUGAAAAUAUGGCUGCAGCCUUGAGAGGUGAGGAGAGCGUUGCAACAGAUAUGUUACAAUCGGAAGAAAUGAUGACCGAGGAGGAUCUGCAGUCUUUCUCGGUAGUGACUGUCGUGCCAGGAAAGAAAGGUGGGAGGAAAAGAAAUGUAACCAUCAUGGAUGACAGAGAAGAAGUUCAAAAGAAGUUGGAGCAGGUGAUUUUGGCCCUUGAAGACCAUUCUGCUGAGGUAGAGGCCAAGGCAGCAGAAGAAUCUCAGGCUACAGAAAAAGCAGAGGAAACAAACAUAGUGGAGGCAGGUAACAGUUCACAGGAGGUGGAAACUGUUGUACCUGUCACAGGCAGUAAUCUCGAAGACUUGGUCAGCCUGGCUGCCAAGGAGCUUGGGCUGGGUACAGACGGGGAGACCAUCGUCAUUGUUCCAGAGGUGGAGAACGAAACGGAGGUCUGCACGACGGAAACAACCGAGGUGAUGAUACCUGCAGGGGAGGGAGGGGAAGGUAUAACUCAAUUUGUAGUGGAGUUUGAUCAGCAAGGUCGAUUGGUGACUGAAGAAGACUUAGCAGCAGCUACCUGGCUCCAAACCAUGGGAAACGUUCAGGAUGUCACUGUAGAGAUCCAAGAAGAAGCUGCAACAGAAGUAGUUCAAGGGUGAUUAAAAAUAGCAUUGAAGAAAUAAGUUUUUAAAAAUGUCAUAUUAUUCAUAUACAUGUAUGAGUAAUGAGUAGUAUGAUUAUUUGCAAAUUGUCUUAAUUUUCAUCAUGCCUUUUGACCUGAAUUUGCACCCAAAAAAAGAGAGUUACUCUGGUUAAGAUUUCCAUAGGUAUUUCUUCAAUAUCAGGAAGUUUUAGAUUUUCACUCACAUAAAUGACCGUUGGAUGAAAAAAUCUGAUACAGAGUGGUUUUGGGUUCAUAAAACUUUGUUUAAAUGUUGAUGAAAUAAUCUCAUUUUAAAUGCCUUUGAAAAAUAAGAGUUGCUGUCCAACAAUGUUCUUUUAUAAUACUAGUAUUGGAAAAAAAAUGAGUUUGACUUUCUUCAUAAGAUCACUUCUAAUAAAAAGGGAAAAUUUAGUAAAAGAAGAACUCGCAUUGAUGAUUAACUAACUAUAUUUACUUUUUUAAUACUUUUUAUUGUUAUAACUACUAUUAUUCCACCAUCAUUUGUACAUUUAAAUUAUUGUGUGAAAUUAGAAUUGUAUUGAAUGACAAUGAACUGUUAGAUUAUGAUUCAAUUGUUUUUAUUGAUUUAUUUGGUUGAAGCAUUGUAAGUGAUGCAUGUAUGAUAUUUUGGUGGUUUAGAACAAAGAACAAAAAGUUUAGCCAAGUUCUUACACUUAAAAAAAAAUCAGAUGACCAAUUUUUUGGGACAAUGAUAGAAGGAAAUUUGAGACUGAGUUUAUUCAUAUCGAUUUUUAUCUUAAUUAGAUAAGAUGGAAAAUGGAUUAUAUUGAAAACAAUAUGUCUAGCAGUACAAACUGAAAUGAAAAUGAAUUACAAAUAGAAAAAAUAAGACAUUAAACAAUAAAGAGUAUAAAAUAUUGGGCAUGAAGAGGUAAUUCCCGCAGUGCACUUGAGAAAGAAGUAGAAAAGGAGAGAGGAAAAAAGGUAGAGUACCCAGACACCCCAUAAGGGGUACCUGAUGAAAUUUACCAUCCUCUUUACCUACUGUGUGUUAAAAAGCUUUCUUAUCUUAUAAUAUAGUGUAGAACUGUAGUAAUGUUAUGUUUCUUUAUGUUUUUUAUGGAGUUAUCUCUUUUUGCAGUGCUAAAAUCUUCUGUUUCACACUCUGCAGCUUUGAAAUGUAAAUAUGAUACUGCACAUAUAAUAUGGCUUCCUAUUAAACAAAUAUUGUACAGUGUUGUCAUCUUGAUGGAAAUUUUCAGAUCUAGAUAUUCAAAUCCAUCAUAAUUUGUAUUUCUUUUAAAGCUUGUUACCUCCACCCCCCUUAUUAGUUUCUAUUCACUUUGUGGAAAUCUGAAGGACAAAAUCAUUAUUAUUUGAUAAGUUAAAGACCUUUAAUCUUUCUUUAUGAAAUUGUUACAUUGUAAGAGCUGAGAGGUGUUAUGAUUGGGUCAUGAUCAAUGCUUUUUCUGAAGUGAAAAUGGGACAUUCAAAUUUACGUCUUUGUUCUCUUUGAGAUGAAAAUGUCCUUGAACAGUUCUGAGGAGUUUCCUUGAAGAGUACAUGCAUUUGUUUUUUAACUGACCAUAGUCCUAAUGCUUAAGUCACAACCUCAGCAAAACAGACUUCAGACCAACCAACACUAUGCCAUUGAUAAUUAUGUAACACCCUUGUCCGUCUGGAGAUAGUUUUGCAAGUGUGACUGUAGUAUGGUGAAUCCAUUGUGUUUGUAGGAACAAAAUAUGAUGUACCAAUGAUUGAAUUUCAUAUCUGGUAUAAAAGAAAAAUAUGUACAGAAGAUGGAUUUGAUUUAUAGAUGUAGAAAUUUGUAAAAUUUGAUUGCUUUAAUAUGAAUUUGACUACAUCAAAGGACAGUGUAUAUUAUUCCCUUCACCCAUGUUCAAUGAUAAAAUAUUUCCUUCAAAAUAAUGUU